CGCAGAUUGUUUGUUGUUUUUUUUUUUAUACAAAUUUCCUUAUUCAUUGUAUAAUUAAAGUAGUCCCUUAUGUGGACAAUCACCCCAAAAAUAAAUGACAUUAAUACUAAACUUUAAAGUCUGCUGUAUGUGAUUUGAUUUUUUUUUGUUUUUCAUAUAUUUUCUUAAAUAAAACCUAGACAGUUGCCUGUUUUCAUCCCUCAAAUGGAUACAAUAAAGAAUACUUCUUAUGGAGUUUUUAGUGGAAUCUUUGAUAGUAUCAAAGGCAUUGCCUUUGUUUUUUACAUAGACAGCCAGAUCAAUCGUCUAAAUGAUCUGAAGAAUAUCGAAAAGUCCACAAUGAGUGACUUUGUGAUGAAUCCCGAAAGACUAUCAUCAUCGGCUGAUGAACGUAGAAUAGGAUCUAAAGCGCCAGCAGGUGCUAGUAAUAUUAAAAAAGGCGAAUUAAAAAUAGCAAUGAAAGUUUUCAAGUGCUGUGCACUGAAUGGUGGCUUCACGUGGUUGAGUAUAAUUCUCUUUGAGAAUUUGGUUCUGCCUGGCUUAAAACUAAUACUCACUUGGUUCUAUGGCAGUAAGUCAGAUGAACUGCAUUAUGUUUGGGGUUGGUUGCAAUCGCUGCUGUCGAUUCUGUUUGGAAUGAUGUGGGUUCUGCCGAUAUUCCUGCUGAGUAAAGUUGUCAGUAGUUUGUGGUUUCAGGACAUUGCAAAUGCGGCUUAUAAAUUCCGCAAAGGAAGACCACAAAUGAUACCAAAUAUUAGUAAACUUAUUGCGGAUUUUCUGUUUAGUUUGCUUGUGCAGGCGCUAUUUUUGGUCCAAAGUAUGCUGGUGAAUUUGUUGCCAUUUAAUUAUGUGGGACGUGUUUUAUGCUUUGUGCAUUUGUGCUUGCUGUAUUCAUUGUAUUCGUUUGAGUAUAAAUGGUUUAAUAUGGGCUGGGAGUUGCACAAACGACUGAGUUACAUCGAAUGCAAUUGGCCAUAUUUUUUGGGUUUCGGUGUACCGUUGACUAUUUUGACAAAUUUAUCUAACUCUGUGAUUGUGAGUAGUUGCAUAUUUUCAAUCUUUUUCCCGCUUUUUAUUCUGAGUGCCAAUGAAGCUUUGCCAGUCGUUGGAGCAAGUGACAUCCCACUACGUCUAUUUUCACCCGUUGUUGCUGUCUCAAAUUUGCUAUUCAAUCGAUCGGUUCGUGUGAGAAAACCAAUCACUGCCUCGCCACCACACAAUUCACGAACAACUCCGCCAAGUACUAAUACAACUCCAGAGCGGAGAACGACUGCUAGUUCUACAGGUAGCACCACAACCCGUCAAUCUUUUGCUGCCGUUAACAAUAGACGAUUACGGUAGCUAGCUGAAGCAGAGCUAUCUAUAUACAACUCCUGACGGUAGACGACUUACAACAACGCCUCCUUCUCCUACUCGCUCAUUAAAAAAUCCCAUGAUGCUUCGCUUAUGCAAACGCCUUGCGUCGUAUGUUUUUUUUUUCUUUUCUUUUUGUUUCAAUCAAUUGUGUGUAAAUAAUACGUAAAAGGGUUUAUGUCACGUUUAAACCAACAAACUUGACUCGAAACUAUAUAUUUUUUUUUUUAAUAAUAACUCGCUUUAGCAAGCUACUGCAAUGUCCCCCAAAAAUAUUAUGACAACAAACAAAAUAAUGAAGAACAACGUAUUUUUAAGUUUCAGGAGUGUUUUUCUUCUUCUUAGUGUUAACCAAGGUGUUUUUUACUUCAAAUAAAAAAAAAAAAAA